AUGGCGCCGAGUACCGACCCAGCGAUAUGGGACCAGGCGAUUGCUAUACCAGUGGAAGUCAUCUCGUACGUAGACGAUGCCGUGAAAGCAAAGCUACCCGAAGGUACCCUUGUACGGUCGAUUGAGCAAUCAGGAAAGUCUUACUGGGCACGCACCGCCAGAAUCGGUACUGUCCACCAGAAUGGAGAAGCUGUCUCUGCUGACAAUCCAUCAUCUCAGGUUCACCAAGGGAAGACGGGGUUUGAUCUCGUUUUCGGAGAUAACCAGGCAAUGAAGGCUCUCUGGGACGUCAUGCCCGAACUGGUGGCCCGGCCUUAUGGAUAUGGGACUUACAAGCAGAUGGACGACGUUCAUUUCUUCCUCUGCGCAUUCCAUGAGCUGACCGGCGAGAUACAUGACAUUGGUAACUUCCCUGCACAUGUCGCUGAGCUUCACAAGCGCGGAGUCUUGGCCGACGGCAAGUUUGGUUUCCCUCACGAAGUGUAUGGAGGAAGACUCCCUCAGUUUUUCCCCGUGGCGGACACCUGGGAGGAGACCUUCACCGCCGGGUUGCAGCGCAUCUUCGACAACGAGGAGAACACCCACGGUCCCGACGCCGACAUGGCGUAUAUCCGAAGAGGCAUCAUCGAUAAGGUGAUCCCACGUCUGAUUCGGCCCUUAGAGACUGGUCCCAACCAGAUCAAGCCGAGGUUGGUGCAUGGAGAUAUGUGGGAUGGUAACUGCUCGGUUGACGUGAACAACAAUCAACCCGUGGUGUUCGAUUCCACUUGUCUAUGGGCCCAUAAUGAAUACGAACUCGGGUCCUGGCAGCCUGAGAGGCACGAGAUGAGCCGCUCUUACAUCAAGGAGUACACCAGACACUUCCCAAUUUCUGAGCCUGCCGAAGACUUCGAGGAUCGCGUCCUCUUAUACUCCGUGUACGAACCCCGAGAUUAA